AUGCAUAAAGCCAAAGCGCAAUUACAAAACUUAAAAGAGAUAGCUGAAUUAAACGAAGACCCUAGUGUUUGGUGGGUAAUCCGUUUAUUACUAAUUAUUCUUGAUGGUUUUAAUGAGGCAGCUUUAUGGAAAUGCCUAUCUAAACAUUUUGAUAUAUAUGACGACAGGGUUAAAAAAUAUAUUAAUUCCUUAAUCCAUCAUUCACCACCCUAUUAUGAACUUUUCAUAACACAACGAAAUUCAUUAGCUCAAGUUUUAAAUGUAGAAGAAAAAGGCUGUAUUGUGAGUGUACCAACAAGCAGCGGCAAAACAAGAAUUGCAGAAAUCGCAAUAUUAAAUGCUAUGCUCGCUGAUCCAUAUGGCAAGGUUUUAUAUAUAGCUCCUUUUAAAUCUCUUGCAUUUGAAAUUGAGAGCACAUUAGAAAAUAUUUUUAGCAAUGUAGAUAUUACUAUUUCGCAUUUAUAUGGUGGGGGUUUGUUUUCAAAACUGGAUGAAAGAGUUAUUGAUGAAUCUAAUGUAAUAAUCGCUACUCCUGAAAAAGCCAAGGCAAUUUUUAGAGGAAAUUCAGAUAUUUUUGAACAAGUAAAAUUAGUGAUUAUUGAUGAAGGCCAUUUACUUGGGGCGGAUGCUAGAUUGCUUGCUAAUGAAGUAUUUUAUGAAGAAUUAAGAUAUAAUAAAGAAGAUUGGAAAGCAUAUGAAUUAGCUUGUAUAGAAACUUAUGGCAUUGAUUCUCUAUGGUUAUACUAUGCAGCAAUUUCAGAGCGACAUGGAAUUGAUUUUAAUCUUUUAAUAACUCUUAUUUCUGAAAACCAGUUAGAUACUUUAGAUACAGAAGAUUUUAAGGCCGAAAAUGUUCUUAACGUUAUAGACGAUUCAUUGUUAUCAUUACAUUAUUCAAAUAAUCUAAGUGGUUUAGACGAAACUGAUUAUUCUUGGGUUGAAGCACAUUUCAAGACUUCAUUAGCCGCAAUCCAAGGAGCAAGAGCGGCUAACAUUGGUGAACAAAAGGUACUAGAUAUCAUUACAGCUAGAGUUCAUGGAAUUGAAACUAAGUUAAGUGGCAAUGCAAAACAAUGGCUUGAAAUGCUUGGACUAAAUGCAACAGUUAGAGAAAAACCUAUAAAAAUUGUGGAAUCAUUUAUUUAUAAGCUGGCUGUAGGAAAAACUGAAACCCUUAUACCCCAGUUAAUAAAUGAUGAACAAUAUUUAGUAAGCCCUGAUUUAUCAUUCAUAAAAAAAAUAUCUUCAUCAGGAAUAAAUUUUACUCAAUUAAAUAAUCUACCUGGAAUUUAUUUUAAAUAUAACAAAGUUGAAAAGGAAUGGAAUGCAGAAGUAAUUGGUUCCACUUCAACAAGUGUAUAUUGGACUGGGGUACCUGAUUGUGGACAAAAUGGUUCAGUUUCAGUAAGCGUUAAUUUAGGCAACAAAAAGAGUAAAACCGUCAGCUAUACUGUAAUUGACGAUACCGGAUGGACUUAUUGGGCUGGAAAUACAACAGUACAAGCUAACACAUGUAAAUCUUUACAAUUAAAUUAA